AUGAAAGCAUCUGGCUAUGACAGUAAAGAUGAUGAAAUGAAGAUCGCUAUAUUUUUGAAUAUUGCUGGUGAAGAUGCUCAAGAGGAGAGUAGAAAGUUGUGUACAUUCAUUACUCCUUUUGGAAAAUAUGUUUACAAUCGAUUACCAUUUGGCCUUAAUGUUAGUCCAGAAGUUUUCCAAAGGAUUAAUGAGAAAAUUUUUGGUGAUUUGCCAAUAGGAAUAUAUUUUGAUGAUAUUAUAAUUGGGAGAGUAGAUGAGAAAGAACAUGAUGAAAUCCUCAAGGAAGUUAUUAGUAGAGCCAAAAAAUUUGGUAUAAAGUUCAACAGAUCAAAAGUACAAUUUAAAGUUUCAGAAGUCGCUUAUGUAGGUCAAAUAUUUUCUGCUGAAGGAGUUCGGCCAGAUCCAGAUUAUGUAAAAGCCAUUUUGGAGCUUGAAGAUCCAACUAACAAAAAAGAGCUCCUAAGGAUACUGGAAAUACAAACCGAUGCUAGUCAAAAUGGCAUUGGUGCUUGUCUUAUGCAGCAAGGCAAACCAAUUGCAUUUUGUUCCAGAAGUCUCACAGAAACUGAGUCUCGUUGGGCUCAGAUUGAGAAAGAAUAUUUAGCUAUAUCAUACAGCUUAUCAAAAUUUCAUCAUUUUGUAAUUGGGAGGCAUAUUGUUGUAAAAAGUGAUCAUAAACCGUUAGUAGCUAUCCAUAAUAAGGAUAUUUACAAAGUGUCUUCUAGGCUUCAAAGACUGAAGCUAAAACUGCUAAAGUAUAACUUCACUGUAGAAUACCUUCCAGGAAAGUUUAUGUUUAUUGCUGAUCUUUUAUCUAGAUCAUUUAUCAAAUCUAAUGUCAAAGAUGAUCCUGAAAUGGAAGAGAUUGUACAUUCUCUUGAACUUGACUUAUCUAUCUCUAAGGAACGACUGCUUGAAUUAAGAAAUGUUUCUUCUAAAGAUUUAGUUUUAUCUAAAAUCAUUGAUUUUUGUGGUGAUGGUUGGCCAGAGGAUAAAAAAUCUAUCACAAAUCCAAACAUAAAAGCAUUUUUCAAUCUUAAAGAUAAUUUGUAUGUUCAUCAAGGAUUAAUUUUUCAUGAUUAUCGACUUGUUCCACAAACGUUAUGUCACAAAAUGUUAUCAAAAUUACACGUAGGCCAUUUUGGUAUUGAGAGGUCUAAAGCUAGGACAAGAAAACUUUUCUAUUGGCCUGGUUUGUCUCGAGAUGUUCAGGAUUUUGUUUCAAAAUGUAAAACUUGUUUGAAAUACAGUAAAAGUGUAGAAAAGAGCCAUUAA